UGGGUGUGUGGGUUGGGGGGCGGAAGCAGCGCGGCGCUGCGGCUCCGUGUGGCCGGACUAAAACGCCUCUGACUCGGCCUGGCCGCCGGACUCGGUCCGCUGCUGCGGAGCUUCAGGGUUAUGAUUCAGUAGAGCCAGGAGAGGCGCGGGGGUGUCUGGCAUGAAUGGGGAAGACUGAUUACAAGUCAGAGAAGUGUGAUGCCCAGGCCCCGCGAUGCCUUAUGUGGAUCGGCAGAACCGGAUCUGUGGCUUCCUGGACAUCGAGGAGAAUGAGAACAGCGGCAAGUUCCUGCGCCGCUACUUUAUCCUGGACACACUGGAGGGCAGUCUCGUCUGGUACAUGGACAACCCCCAGAACCUUCCAGAAGGCGCUCCCAUUGUCGGCUCCCUCAAACUCACGUACAUCUCUAAGGUCAGCGAUGCCACCAAACUGCGACCGAAGGCGGAGUUCUGCUUCGUCAUCAAUGCUGGAAUGAGGAAGUUCUACCUGCAGGCUAAUGAUAAACAGGAUCUGGUGGAAUGGAUCGCCGUUCUCAACAAUGCCACCAAAAUCACAGUUCCGAAGUCGGGGGACCACAGUGUGCAGAAUCCAGCAGAAGCCUGUGCAGAGGUUCUGGGGGCCAUGAAGCAAGUGUCCUACAAGACGGAGAUUAUUGGAGGAGUGCCCAUCAUCACUCCGACACAGGAGAAGGGGGAGGGGCAGAAUGGGGCGGAGCGAGCUGCUCCAAGGAAACCCCACGGCCAGAUGCCCUACUACCUGAGCCGGGCCAACCAGGACCAGUCAGUGGUCAAAGCUGGCUUCUGCGUCAAACAGGGCGCAGUGAUGAAGAACUGGAAGAGGAGAUACUUCAUGCUGGACGAUAAUACCAUCAGUUAUUUUAAGUCGGACCUGGACAGAGAGCCUCUGCGUGUGAUUCCACUGAAGGAGGUUAAUAAAGUUCAGGAGUGUAAACAGAGUGAUCUGAUGAUGAGGGACAAUCUUUUUGAGCUCGUCACUACCUCAAGAACCUUCUACAUUCAGACGGACAGUCCUGAGGAGAUGCACAGCUGGAUUAAAGCCAUCUCCGGAGCGAUCGUGGCCCAGCGGGGUCCGGGUCGCUCUGCUGCUUCGGACCACAGGGAACCAGCCUCCAUCUUCUACCACAGCGGGCAAGGCCCCCCAGUCCCGCGCUCGCCAACCUAUGGCGAAUGCCACUCCCCCACGGGCCCUCAGCAUGGCUUUGGAUGGGCCGGAGCUCAGCGGCCUGUUACCGGGUGGCCCGCGAACCCGCCUGUCGCUGCAGGAGGCCCCGCGCCUCCUUUUCAAGUGAGCAGUGGCGACCACUUGUCACCGUGGGAACGGCGGAACGACGCAAGGGUUCCGCAACCCGCCGUUCGCGACGAGGACGACAUGCAAAUAAGCCAAGUGUAAAGAUCUACGACGAUAAACUGAUACUACACAGAAGGACCAAGGGUCUGGACAAAAUGCAAACCCAAGCGGACCUGAUGGACUAGAGGCGACCUGACGCCAGCUGCAAAUUUGCUCAGAGGAUUAUGGGAUUUGGAGUUUUGUAAGAAGUCUGAAAACUGGCUUGAUUAACUGCCACUCGGAAAUGGCUGUCCGGUUUGCAGGGAUAUUCUAAUGAAUGGACUUGUAUCUUUUGUAUUGAGCCCAGAAUCAUUACCAGUCCAGCCGGAACGGGUUUGUUUUGCAACUGAUGAACUGAUGGCUUAUAUAUUUAGAAUUAAUUGGGUGCUUUUAUCUCUUGUCUGUCCCUAUUCUCCUUGUUUCUCUUGGGGUACAAUUAGGUCUUUGUCUCCUGCGGUGAUGUCAUUUCCUUCCUGAGACAGUGAAUUGAAUGGAGUUUGGCUUGGAUAGUUUCAUCCUGUUUUUUUGUGUGUUACAACAAAGGUCAGUUAAGCGAGACGGUUUUUCAUUAAAACCGAAGGUGAGAUGCUGCCACUACUUGUAAGAUAAAUCCAGACUGUUUUAGAGAUGAUUGUAUGUAUGACCAUUUACAGUACUUGCGAAUUCCACCCUUUAUUUAUUUAGUUUCCAGGCACAAUGGCCUUUAAGUACAAGCUGUUUAUUUUUCCGGAGAGGCUUUUAGAUGUAAGACAAUCCAUAUAAGACACUUAUAAGAUAAAGUGAAAAAAGGAGAAAGCUGUAAUUUAAAAAAUGAUGGAAAUAUAUAGAGGCAGCUGGAUUCCUAGCAACCACCUGGAAGACCUGGUAGGCAUCAAAACUGCCCCCAUCAGAUAAACAGUACUUAAAGCUUUCAUCUUUGAGAGAGAGGAUAUCCCUGCAGACUGAAUGCAUGAAUGAAAGGUGAACACAUUAAAUACUAAUAAUUUGAAUUGUAAAUAAAUAUGUGUGUGUGUGUGUGUAUGUGUGUGUAUAUAUAUAUAUAUAUAUAU